AUGGAAGAGAAGCAACAUUAUCUCGGCUCCAAAGCCGCCAAAUAUGCCCUGGGCAUCCAUCGCGGGCCUCUCCCCCAAGACGAUGGCGAAGGCGUUGCAAUCGAGCAUGUCGAGACGGCAAACACCAUCUCGUUAGAGAAAAGGGAGAAGACGAGGGCUGAGCGAGCACGCCGCCACUGGGCUCGAUUUUGGUGUUGCUACAUUUUUUGGAGCUUGAUCUUCCUGGCCGUUUUCUUGCCCGUUUUCUUCACCGUCAUCAUCCCGGCCAUUGCCCAAAGAGUGCUCGACAAUGCGUCGCUUGUCGUCACCGAGACGAGCGUCAUGCAGCCGCGGCCGGAUUCGAUCAUGCUGAGCUUGAAGACUGCUCUGAAACUGCCCAUCGGCGUUCCUGUGCGCAUCGAACCCAUAGCGAUCAGUCUAUUCAACCGCAAGGAAAAGGGCAACGGUACCUGGGCCAAGGUGUAUCUUGAUGGCGCAACGAUCGACGGGAACACCACUCUAGGAAUCGACAAUCAAUUCACCCCGUUGAACGUAGAGCAAUGGAAAGAAUACGUCCACAGCGUGGUCUUCGAGAAGAACGCCCCGCUAUCGCUCAACGGUAAAACCACCGCAUACCUCGGCAAGCUGAAGAACCACGUCACCAUGGAUAAAGACGUGAAGCAAAAUAGUAUGUUCAAUGACCCAUUCUCCAAGAAUAUACUAACCACUGUUCCAGCCCUCAAUUCGUUCUCUGGCUUCUCCGUCGCGGACCCUCAACUCCUUCUCCCUCCGAGAGAGGACGGGACUAACCUCAUUGCCAACGCCACCCUGCCCAACCCAUCGGUCAUGACCUUGGAGAUAGGAACAACGGUCCUGGACCUCAAAAGUGGAGACCUCGUCAUCGGCAACGCAACCAUCGACAACCUCGUCCUCAAACCAGGCAACCACUCAUCCCCGAUCCACGGCAUCAUGGACCUCAAGGUCUUACUCAAGAACCUCGUACCGAUCCUGCAGUCCCAGGCCAGCUCUCUCAAGAACGGCUACCUCACUCUCGACACCGUCGGUAAAUCCGUCGUCUACGACGGCGUUGAGGUCCCCUACUACACCGAAGUAAUGAGAAACCUGACCAUGACGGCGCAAGUGCCCCUCGGCGGCCUGAUCACAAACACUCUACGGGGCAUUCUCCACGACGGCAACGGAGCCAAUAUUUUCGCCAACCUCACCGACAACUCGAGCUCGGAUAGCGGCAGCAGCGGCGGCGGCUUACUAGAUUUACUCGGAAGAUCCGACAAGGGUUUGGCGAAUAUGUUGACUAGCCGCGCCGUGGAUGAGCUCUUGAAUAAUCCCGAAAAGCGUUCGUCCAUGAUUAAUGUCCUAGAGGGGUUCCUAUAG